AUGGAAGAUAACAGUGAGCAAGAAAGGCAUUCUGAAAGUCCCGAAGUAUCAUAUAUUACACUUGAACGUCUGUCUGCUCUUCUUGCAGCCUCCGCAGAAUCUCGUGGAAAUAGCGGACUGGGAUCUAGGUCCAUGGCGGCUACAGCACUUGCCCAACUUUUAUUAGGGAACUCGCGCGAUAGUGGUUUGGGUGGCUACCGGACCCAUGCUGACGAUGACGACGACAAUGAGGAGGACGGAGAUUGGGCAGAUGAAGACGAUCCGAUGGAAGACGAUGACUGGUACUCAACACGUACAACUCGAACUUGGAUUCCUCCCCAUUCUCGACCACAACAGGCCGGCGUAGAUCUCCUAAACAGCGGAGAGUUUGGAAGGGUUGAGCCCAAGGUCAAGGCACGAAAACAUCCACGAAACGUGAACAUUGCGCAAGUCAUCAGUUCUCGUCUGUCAAAGCCUCAUCCUGCCCUUUACAAAGAAGAUUUGACCACUAACCUGGUCCCGAACACCAACGGUACCAUUGUUGCGAACUUUGGUGCUAACAUCUAUACCGCUCAAUAUUCCCAUGAUGCAUCGUUCUUCUAUACGUGUGCUCAAGACUUCCGCUUACACCUAUUUGACACCACUGCUCCACCAGAAACCAUUCAACCGAGUCGAAGAAGAAACGCUUAUGAUCCCUCUUUACAUACCACGAUGAAAGUUAGUCGGAGAAUACAAGGACAACAUGGCAGAUGGACGAUCACCGAUGCCAAUCUAUCACCAGAUAAUCAAAGAAUUGUUUAUUCCUCUAUAACAUCCACGGCCUAUAUGUGCAGCACUGCGGAAGACAAUCCCGCACAAAUUCCCAUUCCAUUUGCUGAUAGUAGGCCUAGAAGAAAUUUAGGGGAUUGGGAAGGUGGUAUAGCCCUAUUCAGCUGUAGAUUCUCUGCCGAUGGGAACGAGAUUAUCGCGGGGGGUCGAGGGCAGCUUUUUGUCUACGACUUAUUGGCCAAUCGUCGGAGCGUUAGGAUUGAGGCACACGAUAACGACGUCAAUAGCUGUUGUUGGGCUGACACAGCGUCAGGAAAUGUUCUAGUCAGCGCAUCCGAUGAUUCCUAUCUGAAGGUUUGGGAUCGACGUUCAUUGGGUGCCUCUGGAAAGCCUUCUGGAGUCCUGGUAGGGCAUACGGAAGGUGUCACUUACGUGUCUGCAAAGGGGGACGGUCGUUACGUACUGUCGAAUGGGAAAGACCAGGCUAUGCGUCUAUGGGACCUUCGCAAGAUGCGUGGAAGUGACGACUACUCUGAGCGCCACUACGGGCUCGAUGGUUUUGACUACAGAUACCCAAGCUAUCCGCGACCUCGAUACAAAGCACAUCCCCAAGACUGCAGUGUAAUGACCUAUAGAGGACACUGUGUUCUGAUGACUCUCAUCCGUUGUCAUUUCUCUCCAGCCGAAACAACGGGUGGGCAGUAUUUGUAUUCCGGUUCUGCUGAUGGUAGAGUCCAUAUCUGGUCGCUGGAUGGAACCAUCGUGCAAGUCUUGGACCGAAAGAAAACGCUACCGAUGGCUGUAGACUACACUGGGCCGGAAUAUGGUUAUACAAGUUUAGAACGUGGUGUGUGCGUCCGGGAUGUUAGCUGGCAUUCUCAGCAACCCGUCCUAAUGAGUGCCGCAUGGGAGGGCAGCAGGUCUGGCAGUACUCUCGCGCGACAUGACUGGAAGGGCUUGUCAAAGAUGUGUGGAUCGUUGGAAGAUUGGAAUGAAAAGAAGAGACUGGAAGAAGGAGAAACCAGCAAUCCACCAAGGACACGGUCUGGUAGGCGUAUGCCUGGAUCUUACGCCCGUUUCGAUGAAUCGAACGAUGAUGACGACGACGACGACACCUAUGUCCCGUGA